AUGGCGCGCAUCACUUGGAGAGGUCACUCCACUCAGGAGUCGCUCGCUUUUUGCCGGCUACGUUGGUCUUAUAUGAAACACUGCUGGCACUCAUUGACCUUUAAUGCCCAUAUGAACUCCUCCUACGCCUCCGAUGUCUGUUUGACCCCCAUCUUUUGGUUCGUGGACAACUACACUCACUGCCUGGGACCGUUCUUUGUGGUUGGAGUGGCUGCCUUGACCACUUCAGUCGUUAGUAUUGCCUACUGGAUUGGUUUGCCCUUUUGGUGGGCCAAAAGUCAGUUGGCCACCUAUAUUCUGCUCGUCGUGGGCAAUUGGCUGCUGCUCAAUGUGGUUUUCCACUACAUUAUGGCUGUGAUCACGCCGGCAGGUCAUCCGCCGGAAGGCGUUUCUCUGGUGGAAGCGGUCAGUAUGUGCGGCAAGUGCAUAGCCCCCAAACCACCAAGGACUCAUCACUGUUCCGUCUGCAAUCGCUGCAUCCUCAAGAUGGAUCACCACUGCCCUUGGCUCAACAACUGCGUGGGUUAUGGCAAUCAUCGUUACUUCUUCCUCUACAUGAUGUACACCACUCUGGGCUGCCUGUUUCUCAUUCUGUUUGGUCUGGAGAUUGGCCACAAAUACCUGUGGCUCGAUAAUGGCGAAACCUGGACGGAGAUUGAGCCGCUGGAGGGGCAGCCAGUCAAGUUUAACCUCAGCGGGCACAUCAUUCCUGUGACCCAUCCCCAUGAGUACGAUGAGUUCAUGGUGCCGCCUGCAAUACACAAUCUUCCCACGCCCCUCGUGGAUACGGAUGCACCGUCGCCUGGUCGACGACGAGCCCUGUGGUUCAUGGCCUUCACAAAUGUGUCCGUGGUCUUGGCUCUUGGUAGCCUCUCCAUCUGGCACGCCAAGCUUAUCACUCGCGGAGAGACGAGUGUGGAGGCCCACAUCAACGAAGCGGAGAGAAAACGGCUACUGCAGCAGCAACGCAUCUACAUCAAUCCCUAUAACUUUGGCACCAAAAAGAACUGGAAACUGUUUUUGGGUCUGGUGCGAGGUAGAUCCUUCUGGCGAACCGUUCUACUGCCCUCCUGGCACAAACCCGAGGGCACUGGUCUCAGUUUUCACACCGUAAACGAUUCGCCCUUCGAGGAUGAGUGGCCAUAG